ACUGUGCACAUGCGCAAACGCGGUGGGAGGAGUUUACCAGUCGGCCAGGAAGAGGAGAAAGGCGGACAGAGAAACAUAAAGCGGUAAUCUUUAUCUGCUAUACCUUCUUUACUUCGAGUCGGGUUUUUCUUCUUUAAAAAUGUUAUUUAAAUGAUAGCAAAAUAGCCGAGGUUAAAGAGAGAAAACUUUGCCUCAUAGAGGUUCCAACCACGAAAACCCUGUUAGCUUUCUUGCUACCCGGGCUAAUGUGAACUGGUUUGACAGGCCUGGUUUUUACAGCAGGACUGAGAUCACAACACGGAAAUGUCUAAUAUUUACACCCUGUAUGUGUUUUUUACGCGUUUUCCCCACAGAUGGCUGCUUUGAGAAAGAAGUUGGUUAUAGUUGGGGAUGGUGCGUGUGGGAAAACCUGUCUGCUCAUCGUUUUCAGCAAAGACCAGUUCCCAGAGGUCUACGUCCCCACUGUGUUUGAGAAUUAUGUGGCAGACAUCGAGGUGGACGGCAAAACGGUGAGGCUGAAAACACUGGACAAAAAGUUGGGUUUGAGGAGUCCAAAAAAAAAAAAUCCCACAAACUUUCAUUUUCGAUUACUUAACCUGUAGAACAUGAAAAAUGUGCAAUCUUCAUGAUUUCUUGGAUCUCCAGGUGAACAUUGAUGUAAUGUUUAUUAAGUGACAUUUAACAUUAGAGUCGUGCUUUUACUCUAUGUUGUUUUUUUAUUACCAGUGAUACAAACAGAUUCGUGACACUGUUUGGUUUAAAUAGAGGAUAAAAAAAGUGCCACAUUUUUCUUUUAAUAAGGUGAAACAAAAUGUACAAUUCUCCUCAGUUUUAAAGUACUCGUCUUGCUUUCCCAUGUGUAUGUAGUUGCCUUGCUGAUUGAACAAGCAAAUACCCAUUUUUGUCCAUAAAUGCACUAGAAUUUUUUUAACAACCAAUGUUUCGGAAAAAGAACCAUUUUAAGUCUUUGACAAUGUGAAUUUUGACUCUUUACACUUUACCAUUAGCAGCGUAAUGAUUUGUUUUCUGUCUUAAGGUCCUUUCACACCGGGACCGUUUUUGUCGUGCGAUUAUUUCGAUUUUUCUAAAGUUUCACAUACUGUGUGUCCACUUCUGACCAAUCAGAUAGCAUGUUGUUGCGACGUCUGCUUCACCGGUAUAUCCAACAUGGCCAACCGGCUGAUUGUUUACGUGUCUGAGAACAGAGUGCUUUUUUAUAAAAAACACAGAUGUUACGUACUGACGUUUCCAGCUUUUCUAGCCAACCAAAGGCAAAGGAGGCGGGACUUUACCUGGGAAAAAUCUCUCUGGGAUGCGUCUUUCUCCCCCCAGGAAGUCACACAAUCGCAUCGGGCUUGAUCCGUAUAGUCAGGUGUGUCAAAGUUCGCCUCCGAAUAUUCCGUAAUUUCGCGUUCUAUAUUCACAUCAGCCCUGGUGUGUAAGGACCUUUAGCCAUAGACUGUGUAUACUAUGGACAGCUUGAUUCCCCUUCCGCCAGUAUAUGGAUAUGAAGCCUAAAAGCUCUCUGUAAUUCCGCGUUUUUUCUCCACUUCCUGAAACCAACAUUGCACAGUAGCAUUGUAUGCACUCCACCACUUGCAUAGCAGCAGUAACUUCCGUUGUGACUUUUUUUUUGCAAUCUUUUUUUAUUUGCAGCAGUGGCAGUUCUCGGCCACCGCAGUUAUAGCUAUAGGUAGAGAGUGUGGAUUAAGGAGAGAGCACAAAUACUCAUCAUGGAAAUGCUUGAAAGCGAAUAAACCAUAGACUGUAUAUACUAUGAACAACUUGGUUCCGCCUCCCCUCCCCCGGGUGAGCUACACAAUCUUCGUACGCCCAUAGGCUGUAUCAGGUGUCAAUCAUAGAAAACAUGAACCCCCUUAUAACUUUUAAAAACUGAGCUGUACAGAAAAAAAGAGGACUUGAGCGCAAACCAGUCUUAAAAUAACCCAGUGUUUCUGCCUGUUAAGAGGAAGUUUUUCCUUGCCACUGUUACUCAUGUUAGAGAAGAUGGGUCAAUUGCCAUCUUAGGUUGGGUCUUGAUAAUUAAUCAAAUGAUGAGCGUGGUCUAGACCUGCUCUUUUCUUUGGAAAGCGUCUUGGGAUGACAACUGUUGUGAAUUGGCGCUAUAUAAAUAAAAUUUGAUUGAUUGAUUGAUUGAUUGAUUGAUUGAUUGACUGACAAUAGCUAUAUGUCAACAUCACAAGCAGGGGGGAGAAAUAUUUAUAUUCUGUGUAAUAAGUUUCUAAAGUUUGUCCACAGCCCGAUAGGGAUGGCUGGCGGAGGCAGUAUUUAUAACCUAUACUGCAGCCCGUCAACAGAGCUUGGAGCAAGGAGGCAGACGGCAUCCAUUCUAUAUACAGUCUAUGGUCUUAGCUGUGUCCCUUGUAAAGAACUGACAAUAAUGUAAUGACGAGUAGCUUAAUUGCGUCCAUGAAAUACUUCUUUUUUUUUAUUCUAUUUAAAUGUUCAGAUCAUCCUCUUGAUUUGCCCAUGUAUUUACGCAUCUAUCCUUGCACUUUUUCUGGCUGUUCACAGGUUGAGCUCGCGCUUUGGGAUACAGCAGGUCAAGAAGACUAUGACAGACUGCGACCUCUCUCCUAUCCUGACACAGAUGUUAUACUGAUGUGUUUCUCUGUAGACAGCCCAGACAGUUUAGGUAUUGUUCUCACAAUAGUCUCAUCAUCAUCAUGUCUUAUAUGCCUUGCAAUUGUCAUAUUGAGAUAAAUCUCUUAUUACUGUAUUGUGUCUUAAUCUAACUUUAGAAAACAUUCCUGAAAAGUGGACACCUGAAGUGAAACACUUCUGUCCAAAUGUUCCAAUCAUCCUGGUGGGUAAUAAGAAAGAUCUACGCAAUGAUGAGCACACUAGACGAGAGCUUGCCAAAAUGAAACAGGUUAGUUUCUAUUGUUGAAUGUGUUUUUUUUUUUUUGUGUGUGUAAUUUAUUUAAAACUGACUGUGUGUGCAUAUAAAUCUCUACAUUUAACCAAUUUGUGUGUUUCCAGGAGCCAGUUAAAUCUGAAGAGGGCAGAGAUAUGGCAAACCGGAUCAAUGCUUAUGGCUACCAAGAGUGUUCUGCCAAAACCAAAGACGGUGUAAGAGAAGUCUUUGAGAUGGCUACAAGGGCAGCACUGCAGGCCAAGAAACGUAAGAAUGGGGGUCGCUGCGUUCUGUUAUAGGCUCUGUGAGACCAGGGAGCUUCUGCAAGUACAGAUGAGAGGGCAGCCGUCUCCAAGAUUUAACAAAGGGGGAGUAUUGGGGAGGGUCCAGAAUAGUGUUGCAGAUGCUCAAUUUAUGAUCAUCCAGUUGUCCUCAGCAAAUUACAGCAGAUCUUAAAUUAUUUGAUAGGCUUGGAUCUGACUUUUGGAUAUAAAAAUCACUCGACAUGUGAUGGGGAUGACUCAGAGUUGAGUAGAUGUAAACUUGUUAAAAUGUGCCAUGAUAAAAAUGAAACUAGAAACAGCUGUUACUGGGCCAAAGACAAUGGGGACCUGCAAAAGAAAGAGACAAAAAUGCAUAAAUGUAAAAAAGAAAAAAAAAAGAUUUGUAUUGAAACCACGUCUAAGUGGAUUUUACACAGUAUCGCCUACAUGUAGUGCCUUGAGAGUAAGGGUUAAAAAGAGUAAAUUCUGGGGUUGGGAUUCAUAAUUUUAGACAGUUGUUUUAUUUUUGUCAUUUUGUAGUGUCCACACACCACAUUUGUGAAUGUUUUUUUCCCAUUGGCUUGGCUUCUUCAGGCUCAUAUUCUGACUCAGGCACUAUGCGGGGGUAUGCCUAAUCUAGAUUGUAUGAGAUAUUUUCUCUACUUACCUGUACUUGAGCGUGUGAGUGUGUGCAACUGUAUGGUGGUUUAUCUUCUCCAGUGCAGGUUUGCAUGCAGUGAAUGUGCGUGUAUUUGUAUGGGUGUGUAUUAACAAGUGUCUAUGUACUGUAUGCAUUGAAAGGCCUUCUGUGUUCCUGACCUAACCCCUUGUUUUCAUGCCAAAGUUACCCCUGAUGGCCACCUUUUAUGGCUCAGAUGGGUAAUUGAAUUAACAACUACUCAGAGUAACAUAUAGAUACAUUAACUUUACUGGAAGACAUUGUACUAUACAUAGAGGCACAAUCAGGUUUAACAUAUUACAAGUUUUUAGGACAAUUUUUGUGUGAACUAAAAUUCAUUUGUGUUAAUCAGAGGGUCAAAUCACAAGUGGUAUAGUUGACAAGUUGAUUUUGUUUUAUUUUUUUGGUUAUAUGCUUAUAUUAUAACCAUAAUGUCCAUUAUGUACUGUAUGUCUUACAAGACCUUGUAAGGAUAUGUUUUUGAUGUGUAUUUCAAGUUCACUUUUUUCUCAAUCCCCCUUCCCCUCAAGGAAAAUGUCAUUAUUGUACUAUAACUUUUCAUUGUUGGUGUCUCUAAUUUUCUUUGUAUAUUUUAAUCAUACUUUUUCUUGCUGUUAUGAUCUGCUUAUAUCAGUUAAAUGAUAAAUAAAUUGUAACUGUUGAAUUGUUUUGUUUUAUUGAUUAAAAGUCAUCCUUAGGGUGCAUAGCUGGACAGGUUUGGGAUUGGCUGCUACAGCAGUUAAUUUCUUUUUACUUUUUGUAAUUAUUUUUUUUAUUUUCCUUUCAUUCUUUUUGCUUUAUUUCAUACUGUGACAAAAUUCCUGUUCUUUUUUUUUUCCAAAUAAAAGGUGAUAUGGUGAUAUUAAGUUUUCUGUCACAAUGUAUUUUUUUCUUGGAUCCCAACUGUCUUCACUAUAUUUUUGGCAUUAGUUUUCAUUUUCCCUCAAUAAAACAUUUGUUGCCUAGCUAAA